AUGGGUUCGUAUCCUUCAAGGGUUCAUAAGGCUUCUCCUCCUGAACCCACAAACCCAGAGAUUGAACCCACGAACCCAAAGAUCGAACCCACGAACCCAGAGAUUGAACCCACGAACCCAGAGAUUGAACCCACGAACCCAAAGAUCGAACCCACGAACCCAGAGAUUGAACCCACGAAUCCAAAGAUCGAACCCACGAAUCCAAAGAUCGAACCCACGAACCCAGCGAGAUUCAGACUCAUGAACUCGAAACAGUACAUACAAAAAAAAUCCCAUUAUAUCGAAGGUUCGCUAGAUAUGAAACCCCCAUAUAACGGAUUCCAUAGAGAGAUAA